GUCUGAUUGAUUCUUUUGCUGACUGGCGACUCUCUGACCCACCUGUCCAUACUGACAGCCCGAAAAUGGCCCACCUAACUUCAACACAGUGGCGGGACUUGUUAAAUGCAGCCAGUGAUGCUGAGAAACCACAUCUGCAAGCACUCUUGGAUGGUGCUAUAAAACGGGAACAGGAGACAGAGAAGGAGAGGAAGGAGACCAUGCUAAGAAGGCAAGUGGCUCUCCUAGAGACUAUCCCCUCACUGACUGAAGUGCAGUGUGGGGAACAACUGCAGUCCAUACUCACAGCCUUGGUUCAAGUCCGAAAUCUUGAGGACCAUACCACUCAGAUCGCUGAAGUUUUUGCGAAGCUGCACACUCUUCAGGAUGAUCUGACUGAGAUGACCCGCAAGUACCAUGACUUGACCAAGGAGGUGGCUGAUCUGCGACAAGACCAAGUGGCCAACCCUCUCCCUCUACCCGCUGGAUCCGGAGCUGCAAUCGGAACUACUUCUACCCCUCUUACUGUAUCUUCUUCUACCUCUUCUUCGAGUGUGAUGGCAAUUUCCUCAGGACCUGCAGCAGGUGCAGAUUCCACUGUUGCUGUAACCAGAAAUGAGAUUGGAACUUCUUCAAGUGCUGCAGCCCCAGGAUCGGAACCAGCUGCUGCUGGUCCCAGCUACGCAGGUCCCUAUGUGGACCGGAAGUCGGUUCAAAUGCCGUCCAAGUACGAUGGCAAAGAAGACAUCGAAUCCUGGAUUGGCUCUAUGCGGCCCUACUUCGAGAUUCUGGGGACUCAAACUGAGACCCAGGCUGUUAUCAUGGGUAUGAAUGUCGAGCCAGUCGUACGAGGCUUCCUAGAAGUCCAAGCAACGCGGGCUGGGUUUCCAAAGGCUGCACUGGCCAAAUGGCUAAGGGCCACCCCGGUUGCCUCCCUCGAAGAGCUCCUUACCUCAGAAUACCAAGAUCCACAUGUUGCUGCUAAAGCAAGAAUCCAACUGGAUAAAGUAAAGCACACCAAGUGGAAUGGCUCCAUGAAAAGCCUGCAGACCUGUCUAAGCAAGCUGUUUGCCACUCCUGGUCUGGAAUUGUCCCCUCAAUCUUGCUUGGAUGUGGUCAAGGGCGCAGUCCCAACUCACCUCACUAGUCGCCUGGGCACGGGCUACAUUGCGUAUACGGACUGGCUUGCCUUAAUGAAGGAUGUAGUCGGUCUGGAGGCCAUGGACCUUGUUAGCACGGCAGGCAGCAAAAAGCCCAUGGGCGGCAGACGAUUCAAAGGCAGCAACCGUUUGGCUGUGCAUGACCUGUUGGAGGCCGAAGAAGGAGCCGAUGCGGUUGACCCCACUCUUGGUGACGACCAAGAACAGGACUCCGAUACAGCUUGGAAACCAGAAUCGGGCGUAGAGUCAGACUCAACAAACUCUACAGCAAGGGAAGCUGGUUCUGUUGACAAUCAGCAGCCCUCCCUUGAAGCCCAACCAUCUGCUGAAGACAAGGCUGCGGUAAGUAACGUAUUGUAUGAUGAGCCUUGGGAGGAGUUCGAGAUGAUUGACUUCCACUACCACUUGGAGCAUUGGGCUGAAAUGAAACAGCAGCGGGCCCAAGGGACAGUGAAGUUAAUCUUCUUUAAGCUUCUCAUCAACCACCGCUAUCUCCGUGUGUUAGUUGAUUGUGGUGCUACAACUAACUUCAUGUCACCACAUGGGAUACGCAAGGUGGGCUUGGGAAUGAAGCAAGUGGCCCUGCAGAACCCUUGCCGGACCCAAGUUGGCAACAAAGAAGUUGUCUCAUCAACACAUGCAGUCAAAGGUGUGCGCACUACCUUUGACAAAGGUAAGACUGUCACCCAUGCACUGAACUUCUUUGUCCUCGAUAAGUGCCCCUUCGACGCUGUCCUUGGCUUGGGCUGGCUGCAGUCCCAAUGCCAAUGGACCAAGUGGAGGGAAUCACUCUUCAUGGUCAAAGAUGAUCAGGGGAACGAGCUUCCUGUCCUCUUGGAUGAGAAGCGCGAAUCCCCAGUGACUUUUCUGAAUGCAUUGAAAUUCUGCAAGAAGUGGCGCAAGCACAAAGAGGAAGAACAAUUGCAUGUUGCCUUUGUUCGUCCUGCUCAUGUGCCUUCUACUUUUGCGGCUAAUACCACUACUACUUCGAUGGAUGAAUCCACUUCUGGUACUUCUACUACUAGCACCUCUAUCUCUCUAUCCUCUAAUAGUCUGAAUGAUCCUACUUCAGAUUCGGUCGUCUCUAUUCGCGACUUGCGACCGGAUCUUGGUGAUCCCUUUGCUGAUUCCCCACCCCCACCUGUCCCAUCAGACGUCCAAGCCCUCCUCGAUCGGUUUCCGGAAGUCUUGGCCGAACCACGUGGAGUCCCCACGCGACCGGUUCGACACACCAUCGAGUUGGUCGAGGGUGCUGUUCCUCCAAAGGGCUGUGUGUACCGUAUGGGACCCGGCGAGUUGGAGGAACUCCGGUGGCAGAUCGAUGAGAUGAUUGACAAAGGGUGGAUCAAACCAAGCGAAUCGGAAUUUGGUGCUCCUGUGUUGUUUGUGCCAAAGAAAGGAGGCAAACUCCGCAUGCAUAUUGACUAUCGUGGUCUAAACCGCAUCACAAGAAAGAAUGCUUACCCAUUGCCUCGUAUAGAUGACUUGCUUGAUGCUGCAGGCGGGUGCAAGGUCUUCUCCAAGAUCGACCUCAAGUCUGGUUACCACCAGAUUGAAGUUGAUCUUGCGGACCAGCACAAGACCGUGUUCAAAACGCGCGAUGGGCUUUAUGAGUUUACCGUAAUGCCCUUCGGUCAUCCUCAAAGUGACGCUUGGACUCUUGAUGGUGCUGUGCACUUACAGUUUGCAGGGCUGUACUACAAACUGAUGGUCCACUUUGGUCACUGCUGACAGAGUGUUUCCAUGGAUUUCAUGGACACCCUUGUUACUAGUAAGAGUGGCAAGAGGCACAUCUUCGUCAUCAUCGAUCGAUUCACCAAGUACGCUAGACUUGUGGCUAUGCCAGAGACCGCAAGAACUGACUAUGUCAUCAAGUUGUUCAAAGACAACUGGGUGCGUGACUUUGGUUUACCAAAGUCAAUCAUUAGUGACCGAGAUGUCCGAUUCACAAGUGAGUUGUGGAAGAAAACCGCAGAACAGAUGGACAAUCAACUUCAGAUGACUUCAGGAAAUCAUCCCGAAGCCAACGGACAAGCCGAGCAAAUGAACAGAGUUGUACAGCACUUGGUGAGGCACUACAUCAAGCCCGGCUAGGAUGAUUGGGAUGAGCAGUUGCCUCUCAUCGCCAGCCUGUACAACAAUGUUGUCCACAGCAGUACCGGCGUUAGUCCUAAUCAACUUCACUUGGGAUG